AUGGACACCUACUGGCAAUGCACCAACGGUGUCGACUUCGCCCAGUUGACGUGUCCACAGAGCGGACCGUUCGAGAGCCGUGAGGAGGACGAUAUCGUCCUCGACAACUUCAGAACCAAUCGCCAUCCAGUUGGCGAAUCAGUGAUGUUUGGACCUUUCUUCGUCAAGACCCGCCACCAUCGCCGUCAUCACCACCAUCACAGAAGACAUGAGCACCGCGAGAUCCGAGUACCAACGUAUACCGAGGACGCUUUUGAGGGCCGAAUCCCCAAGGAGAUCAAAUCCAACCCGUUCUUCGACGGCCGUAACCGAAAUCGUGUCGAGGUCGAGGAUGUUCUCGACAAGCGACCAGGACAGUUGACCGACUCGAUUUUCAAGUUCUUCCCGGCCACCAAGAGAAGCGACCGACGACGGGACGACAAAAGCCACAAAAGCCACAAGAAGCACAAGAAAUCGAAUAGUGACGAAGUUGAGGGUUCGGGCACGGAUUCGGGGAUGGAAUCUGGAGACGAUGACGGCGACAACGUAGUCGAAACGAAGGCCCUCCGUCUGAUCGGC